CUCAAUGUAUGAAUAAUCAAAAGUGGUAGUCAAAACAGGUACACUUAUCUAGUUCUUGUAAAUCAAGCUCUCAACAAUUAUCACACAUUCCUGCUCCCGUAUGAAUAAUUUAAUCAACCUCUCUGUUUUUGCUUUGGCCAUUCUAGUUUCCCCUCUAAAAUGGACACAAGGCUGUUUGAGGCUGCUCAGACUGGAAAUAUCAAAUUUUUACACGGCUUACUAGCAGAAAAUCCCUAUAUACUCCAUACCAUUGCCCUAACUUCACAAGAAAAUCCUCUACAUGUCUCUUCCAUAGACGGCCAUGUUGACGUUGUCAAGGAGAUUUUAAGGUUGAAACCCGGUUCUUCCAAAGAGAUAAAUCAGGAUGGUUUUAGUCCCUUGCACUUAGCCUCUGCAAUUGGGCACUUUGAGGUUGUGAAGGAGCUGCUGAAAGUUGACCCCAUACUGUGCCGUUUAGAAGGAAGAAACAAAUGGACUCCUCUCCAUUAUGCAGCAAGCGGAGGGAGGGUAGACAUCAUUCAAGAAAUGCUAUUAGCUUGUCCUGAGAGUAUUCAAGAUGUGAAUGUGCAGAAAGAAACAGCUUUGCACCUUGCUGUGAAGAACAGCCAAUUUGAAGCAACAAACUUGAUGGUGAAAUGGGUCAUAGAAUAUAAGAAAGAUGAGGUCCUGAAUAUGAAGGAUGAACUUGACAAUUCCGUUCUUCACCUUGCAGUAUGGAGAAAACACCGCCAGGUUGUGGAAUGGAUACUCAGCUAUAGUGGAGCUGAUGCUAUAGGUGGACUGGUAAACGCUGUAAACAGGAGCGGUCUGACUGCUCUUAAUGUUCUACUGAUAUUCCCAAGCGAAGCAGGAGACAGAGAAAUGGAGGAGAUUCUUCGGAAUGCAGGAGCUAAGAGAGCAAAAGAUAUCAUCAUGAGCCUUUCUAGUGUACCUCCAUUUGAAAAAUCUGAUAAUAACCAAGCAGGUGAUCCAACCCCAUUAGAUCUCUCUCCAGAUAAUUUGGUGAACUACUUCAAGUUCAAAAGGGGCAGAGAUUCACCAAGCGAUGCUCGAACCGCACUGUUAGUAAUAGCGGUAUUAGUAACAACAGCAACAUUUCAAGCUGGACUCAACCCUCCAGGCACUGUUUGGCAGGACACAGGCACAACUGGAUUAACACAUAAAGCAGGGAGAUCCAUUUUGGGUUCUUAUGAUUCAGUUAUGUAUCUGUUUUUUAUGCUUUUCAACACUACUGGAUUCGGGGUGUCUAUCUAUGUGAUAAGCAUCCUCAUAAGCAGUUUUCCGCUCCGGUGGGAGUUUGAAGUUUGUAUAAUUGCUCUCCAUUUUACAUACACCACGGCAAUCACUUUCAUGGCACCAAAGCGUAUGGCUUUUCCCCUCAUGGUGUUUUCGAUAGUCUUUCCUCUGUUUGUACCAUUUAUAGCCAAGUUGGUCCGGAGACUUGUAAUGAAAGUCAGACCAAGUUUGACAUAUCUGAAUCAAAAAUUCAUUUGAGCCCAGCUUUAAAAUUACAAGCAAUAAUAAGUUUGUAUGUUUAUGUAACUAGCUAUCAUGGUUUGUAUUUUUCGUUGUAAUAAAUGCAUUAUUGAAAUGGAACAUGAUAAAAGUUAAGUGUUCUAAUAUGGAAUGGAAUAAUAUGCUCUUAGAAUAUAUCGCUCUGUUUUCAUCGUCAGGUUUGGCCUACAAUACCAAUGCAUUUUUAGAUAGCCCUGUGUCAUGGCCGGUCGGUACAAAAUUGUUAAAAGUUUUGAUCCCUUCACAAAAGUUAAUAAGCUUAUGCUAAGCAACAAAGAUAUCACACUCUAUUAUCAACUUAUUUUUUCAUAUUUUUCUUUUUCAGUGAAUUCCUAGCUCUCAUCACCCAAACCUAUCCUAUAUGAGUAUUUGAUCAACCUCAUAUUAUGUGAAAACAUCUUAAAAGUAUCUGAAUAAUAGAAUGGAUGUGAGGCUCUCACAGGCUGCUCAAACUGGGAAUGUCAAUUUUUUACACCAACUGCUUCAGAACAUCUCUUAAUACUUCAAACAGCUGCACUAACUUCAGAAGACAAUCCCUUGCACAUUGCUUCAACCUCUGGCCAUGUCAACUUUGUUAAGGAGAUGAUAAGUUUGAAACCAAGUUUUGCCAAAGAAGUUAAUCAACAUGGCUUUAGUCCCCUCCACUUCGCUUCUGCCAUUCGGAACUUGAAGGUGGUGAAGGAGCUGCUAAAACGUGACAGAAAACUUUGCCAGUUAGAGGGAAGAAAUAGAUGGACGCCUCUUCAUUAUGCAGCAAGCAGAGGCAGGGUAGAAAUCAUAAGAGAAAUGGUGGUAGCUUGUCCAGAGAGUACCAAAGUUGUAAAUGUUCAGAAAGAAACCGCUUUGCGUCUUGCUAUUAAGAACAGCCAAUUUGAUGCAAUCAAUUUCUUGGUGAAAUAGAUCAGAGAAAUGAAGAUGGAUGAGAUGCUUAAUAUGAAAGAUGAACUUGGAAAUUCAAUUUUCACCUAGCAAUAUGGUAAAAAGACCGCCAGGUUCUUCCUUUUCUUCUUCUGUUUUAUCCGUUGAUGUUUUCUUAUGCUUGACAAUGUUUACAAUGACAGGUUGGUGAUUCUAUUGAGGUAAUGAGAAACUGAAUACAUUAUUGUCUUGUUAUUUCACUCAUUAAACAGUAAUGAAAAUUGUUAGUAUAUUUAAUAUCACUGCAGAUUGUAGAAUUCUUAGUUGGUACAAAAACUAAUGCAUCGAACUGGUUCUUAGUAAAUGCUGUUCACCAGAGUGGUCUGACAGCACUUGAUGUUCUGCUCAGUUUCCCAAGUGAAGCAGGGAUAGAGAAAUCGAGGAGAUCCUUCGAAACACAGGAGGUAAUAGAGCAAAAGACAUAGAUCUCCCUGCUGUACCUCCAACUCCAUUAGAACCUGAAAAUAAUUGAAACCAAGUAAAUGAUCCAAUAAACAAUCAGAUUUCCAUCUAAAAAAAUUGGAAGAUUACUUCAAGUGCAGAGAUUCAACAAGCAAUGCUCGUAAUGCACUAUUAGCUAUAGCAGUAUUAGUAACAACAGCAACAUUUCAAGUUGGAACCCUCUAGGAAGUAUUUGGCAGUACAAAGACUUAAAUGGGACUGCCACAACUCAAUCAGCAGCAGCAUAUUUGGCAGGAAAGUCCAUUUUGGGUUCUUACAGUUCAAAACUAUUUCUUGGUUUUGUGGUUUUCAAUUCCAUUGGGUUUUCAGUGUCACUUUACAUGAUUUAUGUCCUCAUAAGCAACUUUCCAAUGCAGUUGAAAUUUCAAAUCUGUGUUGGUGCAAUCUACAGUACAUACGAUAUUGCAAUGAUCUUCAUUGCGCCAAAGGGCAUUGAGCUAUUCCUCGUUUUGGUUUUGU